GCCAAAUCCAAAAUUACAUGGUCAGCAUGUGCGUUUGCAGUGCCUUGCUCGGCACCUCAUCAGAGUGUGCUUAGUUUAUGAGGGUUACUUUCAAAUGUGGUCUACUUUACUAUUUAUCUGCCAGAAAUCUGACAGCUGUCCGUCACAGCAGAACUCACGGAUCAUGUUUGUGUGCUUUUCGCUCGUUUUGAAAACAGCGUGAUCUGUGUAAAGUGAAGUGCGGAGUAGCGCCAUCGCAAAUCUCGGAAUUUGAUUUGGAAAAGGACACGAAGAUCCUGGUAUAUAGCAUUCAAGAAUCAUGGCUAAGUACCUUUCGAGGAUUUCUGUGCUUUUCACCCGGUGCUGCGCGCCCGCGUGGGGUGUCGGUACUGCGCACUUCGGACAGUGUUUACCGAGCCCUCGAGGGCACUUCAGUGUGAACAGUGUAGCGCCGUUCUCGCUUCGAUCGUUUUCAACUGCAGCAGACGUUUCGAAAGCAACGGACGCUCAAAAUGAGGAACCCGACAAAUCUGCUGCCCCUGUUCAAAACACCGAAAUGACAGUGGACGAUUUCAAGGAGCUCAUAACGAGCGAUGAGACGAGACGACGGAUUCACCUUGUCCUACUCGAGUACGUGAGCUGUCGUGACACUGUGGGACGCGUACCUUCUGUGUUGAGCGUUGAGGACAUGGAGAAGCUGCUCGGUAUCCGUUCUCCCCUGCAAAGGGCGAAGUACUUCAACUACCUGUUCAAGACUGAGAUGGCAACGCGCGCUCUUAAGCGACGCAAGGAACAACGCAGAUUAGAGCGGCUCGCAGCGAAGGAAGAGAAGUUGAAGAAGGCCGCUGAGGACGGCUCGAUUAACCACAUCCAGUACGGCAUCGAGAACACAAUUUUUCUUUUCAUCCGGGAUCAAUCGAUUCACAGGUUUCAGAAUUACAGACAGGCUUAUGCUGCCAUGUUUGGGCAGACAUUGGUGUUUGACCUGGACUACGAGCAGGAAAUGUCAAAUCGCGAGUUGAUCAAUGCUGCUGACCAGCUGCAAGAAGUGUUUGCCGCAAACAGGCUCUCUCCAGAUCCGUUCAAUCUGGUCUUCUGUGGUCUGAAAGGCGAGCAGUACAAGCAUCACGUAUACAAGGCCAUACCUCACUUGGGCAAGCCAAGCUGUCUCAUAACUGUCACAGAGAACAGCUACCUUGACCUGUAUCCAAAGGAAAAGUUGGUCUACCUGACACCUGAUGCAAGGCAGCCGCUCCGCUACAGUGAUGAUGCUAUCUACAUCGUAGGUGCCAUGGUUGACCUCGGCACCCAGAUGCCAUACUCCGUGGCUCGAGCCAAGAGACAAGGAAUCAGUUUUGCUAGGCUUCCUCUGGACGAGUACCUGCAGUGGGGCCAGUCGUCUUCCAAGACGCUCGCUCUGAAUCACAUCACUCGCAUCCUUCUCGACAUGAAAGCCACCAAGGACUGGAAUGAGGCGUUCAAGGCAAUUCCCUCAAGGAAGCUCAAGACUGCUGAACAGCUUAAAGCAGAACAACAGUUCCGGGUCGCCAAAGAACACAAGAAGGAGAGGGUGCUGAAGAAGUUCAACUUGAACAAUAAACAAUAAUCAAGCCUUAAAUAAAAGGUUGUAGAGACAACACAAAAAA